UUGGGAGAAUAUGAGAGCUGGGAGGAGCUGAAAGUGGCUCCGCUCAUCCCUUCUCCCCGCACCAGAGUGCGUUUGUCUGUCCGCACGCAGGAGAGCGUGGAGGGCGCACGGGCUCCUGAUCCUGGUGUGAUGGUAAACCUGCAGAGCCUCCGUUAUCUCACUCUGACAAUGACACCUGGAGCUGCACGACGCAGGGAAAGCUGUCCUGCAGCGUGAAGGAGCGGAGAGGACACGCCGAGCCUGCUGAGGCGCUGAAAGGAAGGACGAGUGAAGACCUGCUGCUUCUUGUCAUGUCCCUGUGGAUGAUCCUUCCCGUCAGCCUGCCUGUCUUUACCAUCACAGGAAUAUGGGUUGUAUACGCUAUGGCACUCUAUAACCAGCAUGUCUGCCCCGUGCAAAACUGGCUGUAUAAUGAAUCCUGUGUGGAGCCUCUUCCACUGCAGAGAAGUCCUGUGCUGUGCUGCACUCUGGAUAAUGUGCCGCUCAUCAGUAAAUGUGGGACUCUUCCACCUGAAAGCUGCUUCUUCAGCCUGGUCUGCAGCACAGGAUCAUUCAUGGUGAUGCUGGUUGGCCUCCUUCGUUACGCCCACGUGAUUGAGAAGCACCAUAACUGUGUCCUCAACACGGCUGGCCUCUCCACCGGCUGGAUCUGUGCCGCCGGCCUCAUCAUGGUGGGAAAUUUUCAGGUGGAUUUUGCCAAAGUCCUGCAUUACGUCGGGGCUGGAGUGGCUUUUCCAUGCAGCAUGUUGUUUGUGUUUCUCCAGUCAGCUCUGACCUACAGACUGGCCAAAACCCAGGAGGAGUUCUGGAUGGGUCACCUCCGCGUUUGCAUCACUCUGCUGGCUCUCGUCGCUUUGGUGCUCAGUGGAGUUUUUUUUUGCCAGGAGAGCUUUUCUCUGCAGCACAUGUCCGCCAUCUUUGAGUGGAUCUACUGCAUGUUCAUCAUGGUUUUCUACGGGACGUUUGCCUUUGAGUUCAGGGGCAUGUCAGGGGACACUCUGAUGGUGCUCUCCAGAGGAGGUCCAGACACUUUCUCCACCUGUCAGCAGAAGGCGGAGGCUGCAGGAACCACAGGUCUCCCCCAGACAGACAAUCUAACAAUCCUGUAGCUGACCUGAAGUCAGCCACGCUGGAUGUUAGGGAGCAACCUGGAAGAGUGUGAUGUUGGAGGCCACAAACUGCAGUCAGCACCCUCACCUUUGCACACAGAGACCAAAGCAUAAAGCUUUUCUGCUCAGCGGUGAUCGAGGUGAACUUCUAUACCGCCUGCACUGACUACAGUACAAUUGCAUAACGGCACACGUGCCUUCCUGAGCUCAAAGGCCAGCAGCAUGUGCUCAUGUGUGUUUGUUUGACUUCUCCUUCUUGUACAACAUGCCUCCCUCUGAGUGCUUGGCUGGGAUUGUCUUUCAUCCAACAAACUGCCUUAGAAGCUUCACUAAAGCGGCUUUGUUGAUUGUUCUCUCAGGAAGUUUUCAUACAUUAGUCUUCAAGCCCCCCCCCUCCAGAAAGUCUUACUAUGUGCCAGAAACAUGUCAUUUAUACCAAGUUGCUUUUAAUAUUUACAGUAAAAAACAGCCAAAGCAUUAUCAUUAUGCAUAUAAGCUCAUCUCAGAUGGAAACGUUGUUUUAACUGCUGGUUAUUGAAGAAAAUAAAACAACAAUUUACAUUUUGA